AUGGACUCACCGCCCGCCGUCAACCUGCGGUCCAAGACCAGACGCGCCCUCGACGACCUCAACGGCGCCGCUACCUCGCCGCCCUCUCCCCCCCUCAAGACGACGCGCAACAGCCCUUACCUGCCCACGCCCGCCGAGACGAUAGUCCUUUCAUUGUUCCCUGUAAUCCUCUUCUUCGGAACCGUAUUUUCCCUCCUCUCCCCCGACGUCCGCGCCUCGCACUACGAUGCUUCCACGCAGGCGCAUUCCACCGCCACGGCGCCCUCGUACUUUGCACGCAAAUCGAACCUGUUCAACAUCAUCUUCGUCAAGCGUGGCUGGUUCUGGAUCACGGCCGCCUUCUUCGCCUUUCUCCUCACCCACCCUGGCACCAAGAACGCGACUGUCCGGCUCCAGGCGACCCUCCGCUGGGUGCUCGUCACGACCUGGUGGUUCUUCGUCACUCAGUGGUUCUUCGGCCCGGCCAUUAUAGAUCGGAGCUUCCGCUGGACUGGAGGCAAGUGCGAGCUUGUCGAGGACAAGAUCAAGAUGGGCGAGGGAGACGCCAAGGAGUUCUUCACUGCUGUUGCGUGCAAGGCCUCUGGCGGGCGCUGGAGUGGCGGACACGAUAUCUCCGGGCACGUGUUCCUCUUGGUCCUCGGCACUGGCUUCCUGUUGUCCGAGGUCGGCUGGGUGGUCAUGCGCUGGAGAGGUUCGGGGAGGGAAGAGCGCAGCGUCGUCAUGACGGACGGCGCCGUAAAGACGGCCACCGUCGGGGCUCAGGGCCUGAGGGGGGAGCCCGUACCCGGCGAUGCUCUGGGCUGGGGCGGCAAGUUCGCUACCGUCAUCAUUGGCUUGAGCUCUUGGAUGCUGCUCAUGACGGCCAUCUACUUCCACACUUGGUUCGAGAAGGUCACCGGUCUCGUUACGGCCAUGAUUGCGCUCUACGGCGUAUACGUUCUUCCCCGGUUCGUUCCUGCGUUACGACAAGCCGUUGGCUUGCCCGGUAUCUAG